UAUUGUGAAUUAAAUACUAAAUAUUGAAUAAACGUAUUGUUGGGUUUAUAUAUUGUUGGGUUUUUAAAAAAAAAAUCUGUAGACCUUCUGAAUUUACGAUAAGAUGAUGGCAGCCCGAAAAAGAAAGAUGCUAGCGCUGGCAACAUCUGAACAAACUGUGUCGUUGAAUAAACACAACAAGCACACGGAGCUGAAGCCAAAGGACUCACAAACCGCUCUUAAGAAGCAGCCCAGUCAGUGUGAAAAUGCUCAGAGUGCUGAGGCGGAGCGAAGCCGUUAUUUUACCGGGAAUGAGCAGCAGCACAGGCUAGGAGAGGACUUCUUCAAGCAGCCCUGCAUCAGUUUGGCUAAAGCCUUCCUCGGCAAGGUGCUGGUCCACAGUUGUGCAGAUGGUACGGAGUUGCGAGGAAGAAUAGUGGAAACUGAAGCUUACCUUGGAGGGGAGGACAAGGCCUCACACUCGGCGGGAGGCAAACGCACCGAGAGAAACACAGCCAUGUUUAUGAAGCCCGGCACAAUCUACGUGUAUCCAAUCUAUGGCAUCUACCUAUGCAUGAACGUGUCUAGUGAAGGGGAGGGUGCUGCUGUGUUGCUGCGCUCACUCGAGCCCCUACAGGGUCAGGCCGUCAUGAGGCAGCUGAGGGCAGCCAGACGCAAAGAGGGAGCCCGUCAACUGAAGGACAAAGAGCUCUGCAACGGGCCUUCAAAGCUCUGCCAGGCUCUAAAUAUACCCCGAUGUUUUGACCGUCGAGACUUAGCCUCAGACCCAGAAGUGUGGCUGGAGAAUGAUCCCGACACAAGUCCGGCAAAACCCCAAGAUAUCAUAUCAGCACCACGCAUCGGAAUAGAGUCCCACGGGGAAUGGGCCAAGAAGCCGUGGCGUUUUUAUCUACGUGGGCACCCUUGUGUUAGCAUUGUGAAUAAAGAGGCAGAGAGACAGACUCUGUCUGGAAAUGUCAUGAACGAUUUAAGUCCCCAUGCCGUGAAGCCUGAUACAGGACAGCACAAUGUCAAAAGGACUUAACAGGAAAAUUCCUGAAACUCCUCGGCCAUCUGAUCUCUUUAAAAAGUUUAACACUAAAGAAGAAUAAAAAUCAUACAAAUAUAUGAUUGCUUUGUUGGGAUGUGUCUCACACACAUGAAAUUAAACUGUAUAUUUGUAAUUUUGUAGUUUGGCGGCAGUGGAGAUUCUACAAUAAAUGUUGCUCGUUUUCCUCAACCAUUUAGUAAUAAGCUGCAGCUUAACACACUGUGUUUAUGGUAGUGAUGCAAAGCUGUACUGGAAAGUAGAUUGGGAAAACACUGAAGAACUACAGACUUGGUUUGUUAGCAUCUGUUUAAAAAAAUGGGGAGGGGGGGGUUCUGUAAUUUGCCUUUACACACGCCUUUCGUUUGGUUUCAUCUGUGAUUUUUAAUAAACAUUCACA